CACUGAACAAUAAUACUCUGUGAACAGUCACGUUGUUGUCACAUUUGUUUAAGGAGGUUAGGUUUUUUACACCAUAAAUAAACACAGUAGCAUUUAAAUAUUUUAUUGAAAUAUUAGUAUCAUAUUAUGACAGACUUUAUUUUAAACGAUAGUGAUACGGAGGUGGAUUCUGAUGAAGAGUUGCAAGAGGCUUUUGCAAAGGGCUUACUAAAACCAGGGUUGAACGAAGAAGUGGAAAGAGUCGAAAAACAUUACAUUAACAAUGUUGCGGAUUUAAAAACGAAAUUAAAAGAAAUUAAAUUAAAAUUACCAUGGGUUGAAACAUUGGAUUUGGUGACUGCCGUUGCUCCAAUGGCACCUGAUGUCGCGUUGCAGAUGCAAGAGACUGCUCAAAGAAGAAAAAAUGUCAAAGAAAAUAACAGGGGUAAUAAAGAAUAUAACCCAGCAGAGGACCCAGUGCUUAAUGAGUUCAAACGUGAGAACCUUAUCCACCGCCAAGCACAAGCUGCUGUUAUGGAAGGUAUCAAGAAAUUGAAAGAACUAGGCAUUCCUACUAGAAGGCCAGAUGAUUAUUUUGCUGAAAUGGCUAAAACUGAUGAACAUAUGCAGAAAGUGCGUAAGAAUCUAAUGGCUAAACAAGCGGCUCAAGCGAGAACUGAAAAAGUUAGACAAUUGCGAGAACAGAAGAAAAUUGCAAAAAAAGUUCAAAUUGAUGCUAAAUUAAAACAGCAAGCUGAAAAGAAACACAUGUUAGAACAAUUGAAAAGAGCUAGGAAAGGUAAAGAAGCAGACUUAGAUUUUCUAGAUGACAAUAAAAAGAAUGUUAAAGCUAAAGGCUCACAAGACAAAAAAAUUUCUAGAAAACGGGCCAAUAAAGAUAAAAAGUUUGGUUUUGGAGGAAAAAAGAAAGGCUCUAAGUUGAAUACAAGAGAAUCAACAAAUCAGUUUGAUGGAUUCAACAGUUCUGCUAAAAAGAAACCCUUCAAUUUUAAGACAAAGAAUUUCAAACCGAAUAAUAAAAAGAAGAAUCAAAGGCCUGGGAAAUCCAAAAGGAAAAAUGCUAAAAGAUAAAUACUUAUAAUAAGCAAUAAUAAUAAGUAAAUGUUAUCAUAGAGCUGUUUGUUUUAUUUGUU